AUCAACAACUCAGGAGAGAUCUGCCCAGGUAUUUAAUACAGGAGAGAGUGUUGAAGUCAACUUUUGUACACCGUACACUGCUUUGAAAGCACUAGUUUCCAAUCAGCUAGACAAGUCAUCUACAAUAACAUAAUUAUGGGUUCAUCAACAGUCCUUGGCACAUUUGUGGGUUUUAUAUUUAUUUUUUCUUAUAAUGCUGUGAAUGCUUGUAAGGCUUCAUCAUGCAUUGGCGUUACUCUGUAUUAUGAAUCUUUAUGCGGAGACAGCAUGAAUUUUGUAAAGAGACAAUUAUUACCAAAUUAUGAUAGUCUGAAGGAUCACUUAGACAUCACUUUCAUUCCUUAUGGCAAAGCCUCGCACCAAGUUGAUGAAACUGGUAAAUGGAGUUUCGCAUGCCAACACGGACCUGAUGAAUGUGAAGGAAACAAAGCCCAAGCCUGUGGACUUUAUGCCAUUGACAAGGUAGAAAGUUCAGAAGACCGAGCACAUCUUUCUGUUAAGUUCGUUGGUUGCGCCAUGGCUCAUGAGAAUCUAGGAGAGCCCAUAGAACAGUGUGCUACGACUGCAGGAUUGAGCAGCAAAGCAAAGGAGAUGCUUAAAGAAUGCGCAACAUCACAGUUUGGUGAUGAUCUCUUCGCUGCUCACGGCGACAGAACACAUAAUUUAACCCCAUCAUUGUCAUUUGUUCCUACAAUAGUGAUUAAUGAACAAUAUUCUUCUAAAAAUCAACAAGCUGCAUUGAGUAAUUUUAAAGGCCUUAUUUGCGGUCUUUUACCUCAGGAAAAUAAACCUUCAUCUUGCGGUAAUUAAUUAGUAAAUAAGAUUUUAUAUUUCUUUUUCAUUUGUUAAAUUUAUGAUAUAUACACUUUUAUGUACAAAAAUAAAGGUUUUUAUGA